ACUCCACACACCCAUUAUUCUCAUGUUUCGCAGUUUUUAUUUCAAACCGAACGUGUACACUGUUUAAGAAACGGCUAAAGGAGCAAGAGCUCAUUAAGCAUUUCCGCUCUCUGCCUCUCUCUACGGUGUCCAAAACAGACGCGGCGCUGCCGCGUUGUAUCUCAAUAAACAGACGCUGCCGCAGAAAUUCGUGUGAGCGUGAUUCUCCAGAAUGAUUCCGUAAACGUCUUCCCAGUUCUUUUCCCGCAUUCCCAUAUUCAUUAGUUUUAAGUCAUCAUAUCUGGUUUGUCAGGGGUCCCAUCAUGACUCACCAAUGCCAUUUACAGGAAGCAAUUCCCCAAUAACUUAAGCUUUGAUCAAUGAUAUAGCAUCGUGCCUUGACAUUCUCGGGAAUAUCGUUUCGGAACGUGUGUGUCAGUCGCGAAAAUACGCAGGUUGCUAAAUUACCCGCGUACAAAGAGGCAUUUUUUACUGCCAUGUUUAUUUACGGCGACGACGUGCAUUCCGUGUACGGGUGGAACGCCAUGGACGUGCUGAUCGACGGCGAGCUGCAGCACGGCCGCGUCAUCAACGUGGAAGAGAAUGGACUGAUCAUCGACUUCCAGUGCCCGGAACGGCGCGGACAGUUGAUCGAGUAUGAGAAGGUUAAUCGCUGCUACGGGUAUUCGGGGCGUCUGACGGCCGACGCGCAAGUACUGCUCCGCCGGCAUCCCGACGGUGCCUGGAUCUGGUAUGCGGGACGUCUCCUCCCCGUUGACGACUACCGCUACGAUGCUUUUGAAUUCGUUGAGGUGCAGCGGCCCUACGGCACCGUCCGCGAGCUGGUCCCUCGUGCGCAAACCCGGCAACCGCUCGCGGACGUGGAUGAAGACUUGAAGCGUCGGCAUCGGAUAGAGAAGGGUGAAUUUAUCAUCCGCGCGUGUCCGCUGCCGGCCACACACCAGUUUAGGCUAUUUAGCGAGUGCCAGAUGCUGGGCAGAGUCUUCGAUCGCGGACAGGCUGGUUGCAUCGGGGCAUGGUUCAAAGGCGUGCUCAACAACAAAUUGUUGUAUUUGCAUCAUCCGUUAUGUGAUCCUCUCCCAGCCGAUAUAGUGAUUUUAUUUUUGUUUUGUUCAAGCAGUGCGCUGACCAGACUUGAGAACAUCUGUGAUAAAGCAAGGAAAAAGAUUUGUCUGGCCGCCCACCCACUCUGGCCGAACCGGGUUCCUGAAUCCAGUAAAUUGCGGUUGCCGCCUGUGUUGUUGGUAGAAAUCUUCCAGUCGCUGGACUCCAUCGGACGCGUCCGUUGUCGCCGCGUCUGUCAUCUGUGGAACGCCCUUCUCACCACACACGCCCACUUCGCCGAUGUACGCGUCUCCGGCAAUUCCGUGGAAUACCGUGUUGAGGAAUUUCGAGCGGACAAUUUGUACUGGGUGGCGGCGGGCCUGCUAAAAUGCCUGCGCAACGACACCAAACGGGCGGUAGUAAGUCAACUGUGGCUGCAUGACCCUAGCGGUCGGCAACUGUCCGCGCCGAUCAACCAUAUCCUCAAACCGGGACGCCUGCCGGUGCUGGUGUUCCACGAGUGCAAGUUCGGCGGUUGGAUGGAUCCUAUCCAGAAGGUAAUCACCCAGACGGUUGAUCAAGUCAUACAGUGUGCCUGCGAGCGAGUGGUGGUGAAGCAGUGCCGCUUCCCUGAGAACAGUUUGAAGGCGCUGGUAUCGCACCACUCCUUCAACGUCCAGUCGCGCCACCAGAUGGAGCGGCAGCUGUGGGAUGUGUUCGAAAGGAAUCUGGUACUCAAAAAGGCGCUGGAUCGACAGGCCGUUCUGGAUUGGAUCGUCGAAUCUAUUCCCCGGGUACCGAAGGGUCAGGUACCUUCGGAUGAGGUUAAACUGAUUCUGCAGGCGCUGAAUGAAUACCAGAGUGCCGAUCCUCGCGAAUCCACGCGCUACCACCAGCGGGAGUGGACGGCGUCUGAUGUCAUUUUUGUGGAUGUCCGUCAGCUGACCACUCUGACGGUGGCCUUCUUAAAUGAACACCGUCAGGCGGCAAUUUAGCUAGCUACUCAGCUGCGAACGCUCGCGUUUUUGUUAAGCACUGCGCACGACCCAGAAAGACGCUAGCCCGCGCAAAUUUGGAUCAGCCACAUCGUGCGCAAUUUUGUCUGUUGUGUGUUAUAACAGAGGCAGCCGGCUGUCCGUGGUGAUCUCAGCGAAGGAGGGCGGUCAGAUGAAGUCCUGUCUGUUGAGGAAAUUCCGAAAAAUGGCGAUGGAGCGGAAUCGAGCCGCUGGCUACCGAGUGUGAUCCACGAAGCACAGUCACUGUGCCAUCGCCGCUGUUGGCGAAGAUCAAGAUAUUUAUGCUUGAGCUGGAGCCAACCAGGUAGGCGGCGGAUGGGCGGCUGCUGUGUGUACACUGGAUUCUCCUCUUACAGUGUCGAGCGAUUCGGAGCGAAUAUCUGCAAGCAUGAGAACACUAAGUUAUCCCGCCAUGGCGGAUGACACAGGAUUGUGUGCCAUCAUUAGUUUCGGCGGGUAUCCCACUACCGCCAAAGGGAGUGGACGACGUCCCAUACCGCCAAUGUAAAUGCCGGUCAGCUGGCUACACUGCCGGUGGCAGUGUUGAGCAAAUACUUUCGGUGGGCCCAUUAGAUGCCCUGAACAUAAAAUCUCCAGUUUUUUUUUGUAGCUGCUGAUAAGCCGUAUACACAACUGCUGAUAAAUUUAAAAUAUGUAAUAAAGAAAUUGGUAACAAUUGUCACUAACGAAGUAAAGUGGGAAAUUACAGCAGUAAAGUGUGAAAAUCACCAAUUACGGAACAUGCUGCCGGUGUCGGUUGUAUUUAUAGCCGGAUCAUCCAGAUGUAUGUGUCGUGUAUGCGGUAUGUGCGCCAUCCACACGCCGGCAACAUUUAUUUUCGCUUGAUCUGUAUGGCAAAUCGAACCGUUUAAGGACGAUGUAAUUGAGUGGAACGCCGUGGAUGUCUUGAUCGACUGCCAGUUGCAUUACGGUCGGGUGAUCAACGUGGCGGAGACGGGAUUGGUCAUUGACUUCCAGUGCCCGGAACGCCGUUCGCAGCUGGUGGCGUACGG